GUACCCAAACACACCGCUGCCCGCCGCAGGUUUUAUAACGCUGCGUGCUGCCGCGGAUGCUGGACGGACCAGUGAGCGGUUCUCCUGUGCGUCCACGUCGGCUCUGAUCGUUGUGCUGCUGGAUGUUCUAAACAAAGCCGUGGCUGCACCAUGACAACUGACGAGGUAGAAAGUCACCAGAAGAGCGCGAGUCAGAAAGAGGAAACAGGCCAUGACAACCGGCUGCCGUCGCCAGAUGAUGACCAUCUACGACCUCGAAACCGCAACUCAGCUGGCCGCGGCCUCUCGCGCCUCUUCUCGUCAUUCCUCAAAAGGCGUUCGCAGUGUGAGAGUGAAGGCGGAGACAGGGGGAAGGAGGAGGAAGUAGAGGCUAAAGCUCCCAUAGCUGACCCUGAGCCAGAGUUGAGGGUGGAGGGAGAAGCAGCUCCGGAUCAACACUCGGUCAGCAGCACCGAGGGUCAGGCCCUGCAGGCAGAGGAGAAAAAAGACGAGGAUGAGAAGUGCGGAAAAGAAACUGAAAACACAGAGGAACCGGGUGAAGAGGUGGCCCAGGAAGAGGAAAAAGUCAAAAACGAAGAAAAGGAGGGCGACCCUGAAGGCGAGGGCCAACCCGACAAGGAGAAGACUGCAGACGACGAAGUCAAAGCACCCCGACCUCCACGGCGACCCAAAACCAUGCAGAUCAAGGUGACCCUGCUGGAUGAUACCACAUACGAGUGCCAGUUGGAUAAACACUCCAAAGGCCAGGAGCUGUUCGUAAGAGUUUGUGACCAUCUAAACCUUCUGGAGAAAGACUACUAUGGUCUUGCCAUCUGGGAGACGCCCACUAUGAAGACUUGGAUGGAUUUGAACAAGGAAAUCCGCCGGCAGGUACAUGGCAACAACUAUAAUUUCACUUUCAACGUGAAAUUCUAUCCAGCAGACCCAGCCCAGUUGUCAGAAGACAUAACAAGGUACUACCUGUGCCUGCAGCUGCGGAAGGACAUCCUGCAGGGCCGCCUCCCCUGCUCCUUCGUCACGUUGGCACUCCUGGGCUCCUAUGCCCUGCAGUCGGAGCUGGGCGAGUAUGACCCAGAGGUGCAUGGCAACGACUACGGCAAAGAAAUGAAGAUAGCCCCGGGUCAGACGAAAGAGCUGGAGGACAAAAUGAUGGAGCUGCAUCGUACAUACAGGUCAAUGACUCCAGCACAGGCAGAUCUCAUGUUUCUGGAGAAUGCCAAGAAACUCUCCAUGUAUGGCGUGGACCUUCACCAGGCAAAGGAUCUGGAAGGUGUCGACAUCAUGCUCGGGGUAUGUUCCAGCGGUCUGAUGGUUUACAAAGACAAAUUGAGAAUCAAUCGAUUUCCCUGGCCCAAAGUCCUCAAGGUGUCAUACAAGCGCAGCAGCUUCUUCAUUAAAAUACGACCUUCUGAGGUGGAGCAUUAUGAGAGCGCCAUCGGCUUUAAGCUGCCCAACUACAAGGCGGCCAAGAAGCUGUGGAAAGUGUGUGUUGAGCACCAUACCUUCUUCAGGCUAACCUCCACCGAGAUGGCCACCACUCCGCGGAAGUUCCUCGCUCUUGGGUCCAAGUUUCGUUACAGCGGCAGGACUCAGGCUCAGACCAGACAAGCGAGCUCUCUGAUCGACAGGCCAGCUCCUUGCUUCCAGCGCUCCUCCAGCAAGAGGAACUCACGCAGUUUGGACGAAGCGAUGGCAUCAACUCCUGACAACAAAUCCAGCCGUCCGGUCAGCGCGCCACUCAUGUCCCCCGUGUCGCCUGGGGAGGCGGCGCCCUCGCCGUUGCUUCCAGCCCUGCUCCGCGCUAAUCAAAACGAGGGCUCUACACCAAGAAGCCAACGCUCCACAGACAGGAGGGGGGACAGGAAGACAGAGUGCAGACUGGAGAACGCCAAGAGCCAAAGCCCUAAAGGAACUCCCACUGCCGAGAUCAAGACUGUGGCCAAGAAGGAAAGGAGGUCCUCCCCCUCUGUGACCAGCGGUGGGCGAGAAAAGAAGAGCCAGCGCCCUCUGAAGGACUGUAAGAUGGAAAUGGUUCGAGUGAGGAAGAAAAGAGCUAAGAGACUUGAAGGUGAAACUAUUUAUAUCAGACAUAGCAAUUUAAUGCUGGAGGACGUCGAUAAAACCCAGACUGAGAUCAUGCGUCACCACACGAGCAUCAGCGAGCUGAAGAGGAGCUUCAUGGAGUCGGUGCCGGAGCCUCGGCCCAGCGAGUGGGACAAGCGUCUUUCCACCAACUCGCCGCUUCGCACGCUGAACAUCAAUGGGCAGCUGCAGCCAGCUUCUCCUGUGCUAAAGACCCAGACCGUCACCAUCUCAGACGUCACCAACUCCCUCAGAGGAACUGUGGUCUAUAAGGAUGUCCCGCUGGUCCACACAGAGACCAAGACCAUCACCUAUGAGUCAGCACAGCCCAUGGACAGCCCAGCUGAGAGGGAGUCAGGAAUGCUGCUGAGCGCCCAGACCAUCACCUCUGAGACCAUCAGCACCACCACCACCACCCAAAUCACAAAGACGGUGAAAGGUGGGAUCUCUGAGACUCGUAUUGAGAAGAGAAUUGUCAUCACCGGGGACACAGAGAUUGAUCACGAUAAGGCUUUGGCUCGGGCGAUUAAAGAGGCCAAAGAGCAGCACCCUGACAUGUCUGUGACCAAAGUGGUUGUGCAUCAGGAGACAGAGAUCACUCCGGAGUAAGAAGUUACCUUCUCAGCCAGUCCUCCUUCUUCUUCUUUUUGUUUCCAUCUCUCGAUUUGACCUGAACACCCGACAAACGUCACAACCAGCUUGCCUGCCCUCGGACAAGAUCCCUCACUCAACCUGAUGCAGCGAAGGCACAUAACUGGAGGGAGACAGUCACAAAAAAUUCUCCAGAUUCCUUCAACCCCAUCGUGUUCCAUUUACCGCAAAUACAAUACUGCUGGAUUUUAAAGAAAACCAAAAGAAAAAGAAAGUUGUUUUUUUUAGCAUAACCAAGAAUCAGCAGCAUUUGUGCAUUUAUCGAGCUCCCAUUUGUAAGGAGAUUUUAACAAAACCGAAAAGGAAAAAAAAAAACAAUCAAUGGCAUUUGGUCUUUUAAUCUUUAGAUUACUGGUACUUUAUUUUUCUACAAUUUUUCUUAGCACCAGGAUUUGGUUUUAACUAUCUUGAAAUUCAAACGUUUUUUAAAAAGGGGUUAAAAUCGAGUCAUUCUUGCAUUGUGCACGCUGGGACUGGAACUUCCCUCUCCUAUCUGCGGUUUGGUGUCCUUUCUUGUACAGGAAAUGUUUUAUUUUCCCUUUUAAGUGUGAACAAAGUAUUUUUUCAAUUUGUCUAUAAAUAGAUCGGUUUUAUCAAAGCGGGUUGGGAGGGGUUUCGCACUGUUUUAACUAUGAUUUCUGCUUUAGUGGAGUAUUUAUACAUCUCUCAGUUGUUGUAGCUGUUGCUGUUUUAGUGCCUGUGUCUUCUCAUCAGGACAGCCUUCCUUUUCUUCACUCCUCCACUUUCUGUCCCCUAUUUGCUGCUUUAGACUCAGUACAAUGUAGGACUGCAUUGUUUUGGAUCCAGAGCAUCUCAUUAUCAGUUAAGAUCGUUUCCACCGAGCAGGACAUCCUGGUCACCCUCUUUGACUUGAGUGUUAGUAAAUUUUCUUCACGUAUUGUCUUUGAUAUCCAUGUGUACUGAUCAUAACUUCACCUGCUGUACUUCUAAUAAACUUCUAAUAUGUGAAGGUAAA